AUGGCCCACGGCCACACGCUGCCCGCCGCCGCCCCUCUGCAGGACUGGGGGGACCGCGGACCUCCGGACCCCCUGGGCUACAGCAGCAGCUCUCCCGCAGCGUCUCCCGACUCCUGCGGGCUGGCGUCCCCCGCCGCCGCUCGGGGACCCUGCCGCGGGCACGCUGCCCCCCGCCCCAGGGGCAGGAAGGGGGUGCGGGGCGGCGGCGGGGCGGGGGUCCCGCGGCAGAGCGCCAGCGAGCGGGAGAAGCUGCGGAUGCGGCGGCUGGCGCAGGCCCUGCUGCGGCUGCGGCAUUACCUGCCGCCGGCGCUGGCGCCCGCCGGGCAGACCCUCACCAAGAUCGAGACCCUGCGCCUCGCCACCCGCUACAUCGCCCACCUCUCCGCCCUGCUGGGGCUCGGCCGCGGGGCGCCGGCCCCCCGACACUGUCCCCUGUGCCCCCGGGGCCUGGGGUGCUGCCAGGACACGGAGCCCCGCGAUGCUCCUCCGCCCGGCGCCGCGGGCUGGGGGUCGCCUCCCACGGCGGGGACCCUCCCGGAGCUGCACGGGGCUCCCGGCACGGGGACGGGUCCCUGGGGGUCACCUCUCUGCAGCCCUGCCGCGGGCACCGCCCCAGAGGUGCUUGUGGGUCCGGAGAUGGGGUUAGAGACCUGGGGGUCACCCCCCUACACCCCUGCUGCGGGGAUCCCCCCAGAUGUACUUGGGGUUCCGAACAUCGGGGUGGAGACCUGGGGGUCUCCCUCCUACAUCCCUGCAACCGGAACCCCUCCAGAGGCGUUCGGGGUUUCCAACAUCGAGACGGAGACCUGGGGAUCACCCCUCUACGUGCCUGCAGUGGGGACCUCCCCAGGGCUGAGCAAGGCUGUCACCUGCAGCGCGUCCCCCUGGCUGACCCCUCCCCACUCUGCAGCGGCUGGGCCCCCCCCGGAUCUCCCUGGCGAUGUUCUGGACGUGGGACUGGUGCUGUCAGAGUUCGUGGGCACAGGGACAGUCACCCAGGAUCUCUCUGCGGACCUGCUCUCGCUGUUGGAGGCUCUGCUCCCGCCAGAGCCCCGGCCCUGACCCAGAUGAGUCCCCGGGCCUGGAGCAGACCCUGCCCCACGAUGCCUGUCU